AUGCUGCCGUCCGCUACCUCGAAUCCUGCGCGGAGAUCUGUUUUUUGCGAAGUGGGCCUCCUGGGCGACGACGCUCUCGUGCCACUGUCGCCGCCUGCCGCGCCGCCGCGCAGGCCGCGCUUGAGCGUGCGAUUCAGGAGCACCGAAGAGAUAUUGGGUGCUGAAAAGGACGUGGUCGACGAGGCAAUUGAAGAGAGCAUUGGCGAGUCCAAGGAGAGCGACGACGUUGUCGCGUGGCCGGUGCAAGAGGAGGAGCAGCUCCAGUCACCGACCAUGUCGAAACUGCACCGAUUGAGUGCACUGGUACUGUUCCUGGCCCUCUUGGUACCUUUCUCGCAAUGCCUGCCCUUUUUCACGUCGACUACGCCGCUGUUUGGCGUCAAGGCCGCUCUCAUCCCGCGAGCAGACAGCCCGACCGAUGUGUGCACACGGUGGAGUCACGCGACCGCUCUCGUCAACGGCACUCUGUACAUCUAUGGCGGCCGCGCUACGACUGAUUCUGACCAGACCAGCAACACGUGGAACAACGACUUCCUGACGCUCGACCUGACGUCGUCGUGGCAGAUCUCGUCGCCCUCGUUCAAGGGACUGCCGCAGCCAUCAGGUCCACCGGCCGUGUCGCUGGCGUACCUGUGGAACUCUCGAUCCUCGCUGUACCUGUAUGGCGGUGAGUUCCAGGACGGCACGAACGGCAACACGCCGGACGAGCCGACGGCCUUUUCACUGUGGGAGUACGACAUCUCGUCGAGCAGCUGGCGCGAGCACAGCGACCCGAAGACGUCGGCGGGCGACAACUCGGAGAGCGCGGGGCAGGCGGUGCAGCGCGCGGCCGAGGGCGCAGGCGUCGACGUGCCGCAGCUGGGGCGCGGCUUCUACUUCGGCGGCCACCUCGACACGUGGACCACCGAGGGCUGGAGCAACCAAAUCUCCCGCAUCUACAUCAAGAGCCUCGUCGAGUAUACCUUUCCCGACUACGCCAACCCCAGCGUCAAGGACUUGAGUGAUGGCUCCGCUGCCGGAAGCGAUGGCGUCUGGCGCAAUGUCACCGAGGGUGGCUCGCAAGAGACCAAUGGCUUUCCCGAGCGCGCUGACGGCAUUCUCGUCUACGUUCCGGGCUUCGGCGACGAGGGCAUCCUGCUGGGUCUCGCCGGCGGCACUAACUCGAAGUUUACGCAGAUGAACGUCAUUGACGUUUACGACAUUGCCAACUCAACGUGGUACAAGCAGCCUACCAGCGGCACACAACCUAAGAUCCGCGUCAACCCCUGCGCCGUUGUCGCUGCAGCUGCCGACGGCUCGAGCUACAACAUGUACAUGUUCGGCGGGCAAGACCUCGGCAACGACCAAACACAAUACAAUGAUAUGUGGAUUCUAACCAUCCCCAGCUUCACCUGGGUCGAAGUCGACAUGUCGGACCAGAGCGUCCCGUACGAGCGCGCGGGCCACACCUGCAACAUUUGGGACGGACAGAUGAUCGUCGUCGGCGGCUACGUCGGGACCGAUCUCAGCUGCGACUCGCCGGGCGUUUACGUAUUCAACACGUCCAGCCUGACAUGGGGAACGCAGUUCACAUCACUAUCGGGCAAGCAGUCCGCCUCGGACUCAGACUCGGGCUCAGACUCCAGCAGCGAGUUCUCAGGCUCCUACAACCCCUUUAGCCAGCAGUCGGAGCAGCGCGGCUCCAACGCGUCGUCCGGCCUCGAGGGCUCCUACGGGUACACGGUCCCGGACAAAGUGGUCUCGAUCAUCGGUGGCUCACCGGCCGGCGGCGCCACAGUGACGGCGCCCGUGCAGACGCCCACGGCCGGGCCGCUCGCGACGGGCAAGCCGCUGACGUACACGCUCAGCAGCUCAACGACGCAGACAGCGGCGCCGGGCCUCAACAACGGCAACCGCUCGCAUGACGGCACAAACAUAGGGGCAAUCGUAGCGGGCGUGGUAGCGGGCGUGGCGGCGCUCGUGGCCGCGUACUUUGGCUUCUGCGCCUGGGUGUACCGGCGCCAGCUGCUGCUGUACAAGAACCACGCGGCGAUGGCGCAGGCGCAGGCCAACGGCACGCAGCAGGAGAAGCAGCAGCACGGCAACGACAGCCUGUUCCCAGCGGCGGCGGGCGUGGGCGCGGCCAACUCGGCCAAGAACAGCUGGGAACGGCAGCGCCGGCUCAGCGCCGCGCGCAACGCGAGUAAUAGCGGCAGCACGAGCGGCGGGGCCACGGGCGGCGUGAGCAGCCAUAGUGGCGGGGGCGCGGAUGCGGCGGGCAGGAGUCGCGCUGGCAGCGUGGGCAGUAGUACGGAUGAUUUGCUGCGGGACCAGGAGCCAAGUUUCUGGGGGACGAGGGGCGUGUUACUGAAUCCGAGACGGAGCUUGAGGGUUAUUAAUAGGGACUGA